AUGCCGGUCCCAAUAUCCGUGACUGGAUUUAAGAACCUCGCCGGGGACCAAAACGUGCACGCGGAAAUCGCGGAGACCGCGUCGGCGGGCGAUUGGUUUUCCAAAAUGCGUGGUGGGGGUGACGUGGAAAAGACGUCGACGACAGCAACUAUGGACGUCGACGACGAAACAGCGACGACGACGACGGCAACGCACGACGAAAACGGCAAACUCUGGGGCAUCGCGGUGAACGAUUUAGACUUUUCCUACCCAGGCAUCGAUGGCGCGCCGAUUCCCGGCUCCGAACCUCUCAUCAAAGGGAUGAAUUUGCACCUGAAACCUGGGUCGUGUUGUUUACUCCUCGGCGCGAACGGCGCGGGGAAGACGACUUUGUUGAAAAUUAUGGGCGGGAAACACAUGGUACCGAGAGAAAAAGUAUUGAUACUAGGACGAGAGGCAUUUUAUGAUACGAGUUUAACGUCUUCGGGAGAUUUGAGUUACAUCGGCGGGAACUGGCAGAGAGACGUCGCGUUCGCCGGGUAUAACAUUCCGUUGGCGGGAGAUUUCCCGGCGAGUAAGAUGUUAGAUGGGAUCAAAGGCGUGGACCCGGCGAGAAAGAAACGAAUAAUCGACGCGUUGGAUGUGGACGUGGAGUGGAGAAUGCACCAGGUGAGCGACGGGCAACGGAGACGCGUGCAGUUGGCGUGGGGUUUGAUGCACGAGUUCAAAGUUUUGUUAUUGGAUGAGAUUACGGUGGAUUUAGAUGUUCUCGGGAGAGCCGAGUUGAUGAAGUUUUUGAGGCAAGAGUGCGAGGAGAGACAGUGUACGAUUUUAUACGCCACGCACAUCUUCGACGGGUUGGAAAAAUUUGCCAGUCACGUUGCGUUCGUCGCGGGCGGGAAGUUGCAGUUCUGUAAAGAGAUGGAAUCGAUUCCGUCGUUGAAAUCGAGGAAACCGGGCGCGUUAUUGAAGGAGGUGGAGAUUUGGUUGAGAGAAGACGCGAGGUUGAGACCGAGGAAAAAGAAAACGGUGAGAAAAUCGUUGGAGCAGGCCAGGAACAACGGCUGGGGCGAAGGGAGACUCGGUUCGACGUUGGCAAAAGGGGAAGAGUUACGAAAUGGCAUCUCGCAGAUAAAAAACGCAAGUAACGCCGUCAUGAGAUGUUAA